GACCAGUAUCAAAAUUAGUGCAAGUGCUACCUGUGCCACUUAAACUGACUGGGCAGUCGUCAUGUCCAUAUGUAGAGCUAAUCAGCAUGUUGCAAAUCUUACCUUAAUAAAAGAAGCAUGAAGAUAGCAAUCUGUACUGCUUGACCAGGCACAAAAGAAAACAUGCCAUUCAUGUGUAUGCUGCACUUGCUGUGUAGUGAGCCCCCAAUUCAAGUGUACGGACUGGAAGGUCGAUAUGCUACUGCACUCUAUUCUGCUGCUUCUAAGCAGAAGAAGUUGGACCAGACAGAGAAAGAGUUGGCUCGUGUGAUGGCACUUGUGAAGGACCCUAAAUUAUCUGGCAUCAUCAUGAAUCCUCACAUAAAGGGUGCAGUAAAGCGAAAGGCUAUGAAUGAUGCUGUUCUUAAAGAGAAACUGUCUCCUAUCACUAUCAAUUUUGUCAAUGUGCUUGCUGAAAACGGUCGUUUGCGUAAUACUCCAGGUGUAAUUUCUGCAUUUGGUAAAAUUAUGAGUGCAUACCGUGGAGAAGUGUUAUGUUCUGUAACUACUGCUCAGCCCUUAGAUGAAGCCAUUCUUACUGAGUUGAAAACAGUAUUGAAUAGCUUUCUAGCUAAAGGAGAAGUCCUGAAACUGGAAGUGAAGACUGAUGCAUCAAUCUUGGGAGGAAUGAUUGUUGGCAUUGGAGAGAAAUACGUUGACAUGUCUACUAAAACAAAGAUUCAGAAACUGAGCAAGAUCAUGAAAGAAACUGUCUAGUGUUUGUCUAGAUACAUGUCUUUUUCAUUAAAUCCCAUUAAACUCUAUUCUGGAAACAAUAAAAUGGUUUUCCUUAACUA